GUUAGCUAGUUAAGAAAUGAGAUAUUUGUAACGCGUCUGUUUUGGUAAAUUAAUUAAAAUUUUUACAGAUAAGUGCGUUUUGAAUGCACAAUUCUGGGGGCGUUGGUGACUAGACACAGUUUAUGUGUAAAGACGUUUUGUCGCAAAGAGCCAAAGAGGCUUGGCGCUGCUAAUGCGCGCGAGUUUUAAAGUGGCCGAGUCUGCUCAGCGGAAGCUAGUUGAAGCUAGCGAGAUAGCCACGGAGUUAGCUUUUCAUCCACGAAGUUUUACGAGCAGUCAGCAACCUUUAAGCGCUGAGGCUAGACAGUUUACGUUUCAGGGAAAUGCAUCCGCCACGGAAAGUUUAAUCAGGUAGCACACAAUGUCUAUAGAUUUUGAUAGUGCUGCUCUUCAAACUCAGCAUGAUGAAGAGGAAUAUGACCAGGAAGACUAUGCAAGAGAGCAAGAGCUGCACAAGCUGCUCACGGACCUGCCGGAUGACAUGCUGGAGGACAGCAGAGACUCCUCCUCUCCGGAGCUGGAGUGCUCCAACUGCAGCAAUCAAAACGCCAGCAGCAGCCCACAGUGUAAGUGGACUCAAGAAUGGUCCGAUCAUGCACAUCCGCCCUCUCAUGCUCAGAUCUAUGACGUUGACUUUGAUCAAGCCUCUCAUGACCAGUAUGCCUAUGAAGAUGAUGGAAACCUGCUCCCUCACACCUGGAAUCAAAAUCAUCCAUUUGCACAGGAGAGGUAUCCGUGCACAAGCGUCGGCUCGGAUAAAUGCACAGAGAAUAGCGAUUUUUCUACUGGGUCUGAGGCACAGCCGUUCCCUGAAGGCUCCGACAACCAUGUGAACUUUAAAGGAGAAGAAGGCUACAGGAGGGAACUCAACCACGAGGUUCAAAACACCAGACACCAGUUUCAAAAUGUGAACUCUGAAGUGAACGAUCAAGGUUCCAACCAGCACCAGGUUCGUUAUAAGCCUCAUCAUGCUGUCCACCAGCCCAAGGUGUUUCACUCUCAAGCUGCUCAGCAAGACCAGUUUGGCCUCCUACAGAGGGAAUUCCUCGAUUCAACACAACAAAACGCCGACAGGGAGCGAAGCACCCAACUUCAGAUUUUAAACAAAGCUCAGCAGAGGCAGAUUGAAGAUUUGGAGCGGAAGCUGGAGGAUUCCCGGCGUAACAUGAGAUAUCUGGAGCAUCAGUUUGCAAUAGUCAAAGAUGAGAAGGACGGCCUAACGGUGAGCUACAAGGAGUCCAGUCGACUGGUCGAAGACGCGAAGGAACGAGAGGUUCAAAUGCAGCACAAGCUUCAGGCUGUAGAGCAGCAAGUUCAGCUCCUCAGAGAGAGAGACCAGGAGAACCUUAAGAAGCAGAGGCUGGCUGAUGCUGCUGUGGACAGCAUGAAGCAGCAGAUGCUGGAGCUGUGCCGCUCCGACACCCUGUCCAAAUCACGAGAGCAGCACGACCGAGACCUCGCCGUUAUGAAGGAGCAGCACGAGGUGGCGCUGUUGGCUUUACAGCAGAAACUAGACUCUACCUCCCAAGCGCUGAGCGAACAGUUUGAUGUUGGCCAGAAGCUACGAGAGCAAGUGAAGCUGUUGGAACGGCAGAGAGAAGAAGAGCAUCUGGAGAGAGCCAAAGUAGUCAACUCCUUGUCUCAGCGCCUGGAGGAGAGUCAGCACCAGUGUGCCAAGCUGCUGCAGACGAAUACGGUCCAAGAGAUGAGUCAAAUGCAGAUUAAACUGCAGCAAGCUCAGGCCGCCAAGGCCCUGAGUGAAAACAUGAGCAAAGUUUUACAGGAGGAUCUAGCAGAUCUAAAAGAGCAGAUCACUCUGUAUGAAUCUGCUGUGAAGCACAGCGUUAUUACCUUAGACCUCAGCAGCGAGUUGGAGAACCAUUUGUCUGAGUCCUGUAUGGAUCUGGGUCUGAAGAAGACCAACAGGAAAAAUGGAACACUUCAUCGUACCGCUCUGGCUCACCUGUCGGACUCUAAGCUGCCCAAAGACGAGGCUCUAAAGCUCCUGCAGGUGGAGAUGCAGCGCUGCCUCGGGUGUCUGAAGGGGAAGAGACGGAAGAUCAGUCAGCUGCAGGAGGAGCUGCAGCACCGUCAGACCCGAGUGGAUGAGCUGCAGACUCAGUUAGAGGAAGUCAAGCUCAGAAGCUCAGUUAAAGCGAAGCAUUCCGACUGGAACGGAGACUCCCAGAAAGAGUUGACCAGGCUGCAGGAAGACAAGCGACACUUGAUGGAACAAGUUGAGUUGCUGGAAAACAAGAACAAGGAGCUGAAACAGAGUGAGGAAAAGCUGAAGUCUGUUAACUCUGAGCUGUGCAGCAAAAUGAGAGAAAUGAUCCAGGAGUUGGACCAGGAAAAGCAGGAAGCUGCAGAACGGUCUGAGCGCAUUAAUCAGCAGUACAGGGACGAUGUAGUGAACCGGGUCAGAACAGAACUCCUUGUGGAGCACGAGGCUCAGACUGAGCAGCUGACUGCACAGCACCGGCAGCAGAUUGAGCAGCUACAAAACCAGCUGUCAGAAGUCAGCGAUAAGAUGUUGGCUGUGCAGGAGUGUUACAUAUCUGUCUGCAAGGAGAAGAGCCUGCUGGAGGAAACCGUCCACAAUAGAGAGAAGGAAGAGACCUCUAUCAAAAAGGAGACCGAAGAAAAGCUGAGAAGGGAACUAGAGGCUCAGCAUCAGGCGUCCAUAACACAGCUCAAAGCAGUCUGGUCCAAAGAGAAGGAGACUGAAGUCCAACAGCAAGUGGACUCUUGUGUAGCUUCAACUGAAGCUAAAUGGAAACAUGAACUCGAAAAGAGAGAGAAGACGUGGCUCCAGAGGUUGGAGGAGGCUAGCAAAGAAGGAAAGAGGCAACUAACUGAGGCGGCCUGUCAGACGGAUAAGUUUGAGGUCAGGGUGGAGGAUCUGGACUCCAGGCUCAGAGCUCAGAAACAACAGGUGCUGCUAGAAGCUGACAAAGAGCAGUGUAGAGCUGUGGAGGAAGCUAGGAGGCACCUUCAGAGAGAGCUGGAGGAGAAGCACCUGGAGGACAUGGCCAAGCAGGUUGAAGGUGCCGUAACUCGAGCUUACAAUCGUUGGAUUGAAGAUCUGCCAUCAUUGCCAGAGUAUCAGACCUUACUCCAGUCAGAAAAGGAGAAAUGGGAGGAGCUACAAGAAAGAGUUACAAACCAAAAGGUGUCCCAAGCCCUCAGGGAAGCAGAGGAGCUAAGGGGCAGGAGCCAACAGGAGGACCUGUGCCCUGGAGUGCAGGGAGUGGAGGAGCUUCAGGUGGAGUUAGCAGCUCUGAGGAGUCAGCUGGAGCAACUCACCAGAGAGCAGGCGGCCCUGCUGAGGGCUGAACUGGCUGGAGCCAGAGCAGCGUGGAAUAGAGAAAAGCAGCAGGAGGUCUCCAGCAUCCAGGUCCGCAGCAAACAAACGUACCAGACCAAGCUGCAGGAGGAGCGCAGACAGCUGGAGCAGGCCCUCCAGCAGGCCAGGGAGGACGCUGACCUCCAGAGGAAGGAGCUACUCCUGCAGAUGGAGGCCAAGGUUCAGCAGACUGCGAGGGCACGAGAGGAGGAGUGGAGAUGCCAGAGGCGGCAGAUGAGAGAGGAGUUUAUAGCGGAGCUUCAGACCGCACUGGAGCAAGUACAGAACCAGGUUCUUGGUCCUGAUGAAACAGAGGAACAGACCAGUGGGUCCACGUCAGAGGUUACACUAACGCACAUCAUCAAAGCCUCGUGCAGAGAGAUGGUGAACAGAGCCGCAGCAGAGGCCAAGAGGGAGUGCAGCAAAAUGAGUGAAGAGCAGAUGAGUCAGGUCUCAGCAGGAACGCCGGGGCAGCGCGUGAUGGAAACCAACAAAAUGAAUUCUGCAGCUCAGAGGAAGGAGCAGCCUCGCUGCAGCAGGGGGUGCUCUGAGAUGUUCAGCAAGCUCCAGAAGAAGAACCAGGAGCUGCAGAGACACCUGGAGAAAACCUGCCGCCAGCUUCAGCUCAGCGUCCGAGAGCACAAAGCUGCCACGCAACACCUGAAAGAUCAACAUGAAAGAAGCUUACAGAAGGUGAAGGAGGAGCAUCAGCAGCAGUUGGAGGAAGUGAAGAAAGCCAAAGAGUCCUCAGGAAGUUCUGAUCACCAUCUUCAGCAAGGCCUUGAGGAGAUGAAACAGCAGUACCUGGUGACGGUGGAGAAGAUCAGAGGAGACAUGUUGCGCUACCUUCAGGAGAGCCGGGAGCGUGCAGCGGAGAUGAUUCGGAUCGAGGUGCAGAGGGAGAGGCGGGACACUGCCAGACAGAUGCGACGCUAUUAUCUGACCUGUCUGCAGGAGCUGCUGGAGGACGGGGGGAAGACCACGGGGCAAGAGGCUUUAAUCGUCCUGAACUUGUUACCCUUCUCCAGUAUCGCUCCUCCGGCUGAUUGCAUUGAUCUUUUUGUCUCCUGCAGGGCUGAAAAGAAAAUAAUGAAUGCGGCAAGCAAGCUGGCGGCCAUGGCUAAAGUCCUGGAAACGCCCGUCAAAAGUAAAUCUGGAAAGAACCACAGCUCACCAAGCUGUGCUGCUGCUGGCGCCGUGACAAGCAGAAACUCUGGUUUUAGUAAGAACCUGGCGGCGCUAACAGAACCUCUGGAGACCCACAGGGACAGGACUGCUUCUGAUUCAGGGCAGAACUGCACCCCCACAGUUAGGACUAAACUUGUGAGCCAUCGGGACCCUCCUCGAUCUCAGGAGAACGUGGUGGAUAAAGGACAACAGUCCCAAACCUCUUCACACACAAUCCUCACUCCUCACAAGUCCUGUCCUCAGACGGCUACUCAGACCCACGUGGACUUCGUCAGUCUGUCUGUGAGGGGUAGAGACUUAGAGUGGCACAUGCAGGGAAGCGACUCCAACAAGGAGUCAGGAAGACAGAACAAACCUUUCCUGGUCCAGGAGGCUCCGGUCAGAGAAGAGAAACCGUCCGACUGGAGCGUGGUGAGUAGCGACUCCAACGUCGUCUCCAGACUGUCGUACUUGGGGCGGAAAGUUGAACCCGUCAGACCUUUUUCUGUGUCUGCUGGUUCACCCAAUGGCAUAAGAGAGUUUGGUGGCCUCACUCCUGAUGCGUCUGACCUAACCGUUUAUAAGGACAUUCCCACAACUGAGCCUCUCCCAAAGAGUUCAAACAGAGAGCCGAUCCCUGGUUCUGAGUGUGAGGCUGAGCUCGGUGGUUCCAGGCCUCCGUUCUCUGAGCUGCGACGACAGCAGGACAGCGGCUUCGACAGUCCGUUCUACCAGCAGCACUAGGCAGGGUGCCUUUACUAGUGUUUCUGUUUACAUGUGACCUUCUGAGCCUCUUAGUCUGUCGGAUGAACUUACUAAAGAAACAGUUCUUCCUGUCAGUCACUAAAUGAUGUUACUGCUCCUAUGAAUCAGCAGCUUUUUCAACUAGAACGAGACAAAACUUUCCUGCACAUUUAAGCCUGAAAAGCACCUUGUUGGGUCAUUUAUCACAGCGAGCUUGUUAAUUAUUGAGCUCUAAAGCUGCUUGUGAACUCUUCCCUCUGCUGUGCUGACCUAAUCUCAUAAAACUCAGCUAGGAGCAUCACUCUUUCUGUCCGAGUCUCAAGAGCAAAGAGAGAAACACAUUUCCUUUGAACGAUUAAACUUUUACAACUUUCCUGUUAAAAUGGUUUAUUCUCAGACAGAAAAAGGUCCUGCCUAUUAAAACAUCAGCCUAUUCUGUUGAAAGUGUGUUUGUUUUUAGAUGUUUUAUACUAGUUUGAUAAGAUGAUUAUUUAUAUUUGUGUUUGUGUUUUAGGAUUUAUAAUACAUUUUUUUCAAACUGAAAGCAAAGGAUGUUUAAAGUCUUUUUUUUUUUUUUGGGGUGUCAUCUGCUAAAUAAAUUCUGGGUUUCUUCCCAACCAGUCAGAGGAACAGAGUCUGUUGGUCUGAAGUUCAAAGUAAAGAAAACGGGAAAGAAAACUUUUCUCCAGCAGGUCAGCCUGAAGCAGCAGAGAUGAUUUAUUCCAGACUUCUUCUUCUCAUCUUGGUGUUCCAGCAGCUCUGAGAGCUGGGAUUUACGACCGUCUCCCUCUCCAUCACUACGCCUGUUUUGGAUUCAUCGCAGCCCUCCAGACGAGCACUCAAACACAUUUAUCUGGUAAAGUGUGAAACAAAAGCUUCAACAGCAGAUUUUUCCUUUUGUCAGCAGAUCAUUGUGACCAUUACUCUGCAGGUUUCCAUCUUCUCUGCCUUCUGUGUGACACUCACGCCUAAAUCCUUGUUUUUUAUGUUUAGCACGACCGUUUUUAGCAAAAGCUUUAAGUGUGAUAAAUAUUGAACGUUGCUGUAAUGGCCACCCCCACUGGCUACCAGACAGACACUGCAGGGCAGCAACUCCCCAUCUUCCCUCCUUUUCUAAACGCUGUUGGAAACUAGCGUGUUGUUCUGCUUGUUGCCAGAAGAGGGCGCAAAUUCACAAUUCUUUAACGGCAACAAUAAAGUGUUUGAGAAAAGAUUAGAGGAAGGAUUUCUACUUCUUAACUCUUGUAACAAAAGUUUAUUUUUGACCUAGGGCUGGGACGAUAAUCAAAUAGAUGAAAACGAACUCAAUUUUUCCAGCCUCAACAUAUCAAGGGUCUACUUUACUGUUUUUGGUGCAAUAUUUUCUAACAGAGUGAGAGUCCUGUUUAAUUUUAUUUAUUUAUUUAUUUUUGUAGAAGUUAUGGUUCUGGACAUUCCAAUGUUAAAUAAAGGUUUGUUGCAUUUUA